UUGUGAUCACUUCCUCCUGUAAACGGCAGAAAUUUCAUAAUGGUCGUUCUUUAAUUGUAACUAGAGAAAUUUCCCGAAUCAUUCACCACGCCGUUUCUGUCUCGUCAUUCUGCACAAGGAGGCAGUGUUCAUUCUCCUGCGAGCCGCAACGUUCGCAGAACCUUCGUCGGAACUGUUCAGCGUUCUCUCGGGUCAUUCUCGACUGUUAACGUUUUCAUUUCAUCAGCAGGUCCUCAGUGAACGAUGCCGGGUGGUACGGCGCUUUUCGGCAGUUCCGCCGCGAGGGGGCAGAACAAGAACCUGGUCGAGUUCAAAGCCGGCAAGAUGACGAUGCAGGGCAAGACGGUCCACCCGGACAAGAGGAAGGGACUCGUCUACGUCUAUCAGUCCGAUGACUCCCUCAUGCACUUUUGCUGGAAAGACAGGACUACCGGUGUCGUUGAAGACGACUUGAUUAUCUUUCCUGAAGACGUUGAGUUCAAAAAGGUUCCUCAGUGCACUACUGGAAGAGUUUACAUUCUUAAAUUUAAAUCAAGAAAGCUUUUUUUCUGGGUUCAGGAACCCAAGACUGACAAAGAUGAUGAAAAUUGCCACAAGGUGAAUGAGGUUCUCAACAACCCUCCUUCUUUGGCUUCUCAGAGGAGUGGUGGAGGUACACCAGAUAGCGACUUACAGAAUUUGUUGAGUAACAUGUCGCAACAACAGCUGAUGCAGUUUUUCGGCGGUGUCGGCCAGAUUGGAGGCCUUUCAAGCCUUUUGGGGACGAUUCAAAGUGCGCGCACAGGUGGCACAACGACUACCACUAACACGAGUGCGGCUGUCAGCCCGCCGUCUACUGGUACGGCAGCUCCUGCAGUGUCUUCAGUAUCGACACCAAAAACCCCGACAACACCAGUUAACAACACUAAACCAGCAACACCUCAAGCACCAUCAAAACCUCCGCCUAAAUCCACUGCUGGUGAAUCUUCAAAUCCAAUUCAGCUUAGUCAGCUUCAGAACUAUUUAUCUGGCUUGGUUGGGCAGCAGCAAGGAGUCGACUUGUCCACCAGCUUAAAUCAAGAGAGCCUCCAGGCUGUUUUGAAUAAUCCCGAAUUGGUUCGGGAGCUGCAAAGGCACCUCCCGUCCGUCGCAACCGAUGAAAACAGCCAAGAUCAGCUGCGCAAUACACUGGCGUCACCUCAGUUUCAACAGGCGUUGUCAAUGUUCAGCACUGCACUUCAGUCUGGACAGCUCGGCCCCGUUGUCUCCCAGUUCGGUGUGGGUUCCGACGCCGUUAGUGCCGCAAACCAGGGUAAUAUGGAGGAAUUCGUAAGGGCCUUGCAAGCAGCCACCAUCUCUUGCCAAGAAAGCUCGGACAAGGACAAAAAGGAAAAAAAAGAGCCAAAGAAAGAAGACGAUGAUGAAAUGAAUUUAGAUUAAUUAUUUUUAUUAAAGGAAAAGCAAAUAUUUUUAUUUCUUUUUAUAACCUUGGGUGGUACUCGAUGCUAGUGCCACAAAGCUUUAUGUAUCAAAUUUCUGCAAGCGAGGCUAUUAAUGGUUUCCACUUUGUAACACAAUAUUAAAUGGAAAAUUAUGUA